AUGGGUGAACCGGUCGUCAACGGCGAGAAGGUCCAUUCUCAAUUCCUCGACCACCUCACCUCCUACCCUGUCGUCUCCGACUCUAUUGCUCUCUUCAAGGGCAACCCCUACGGCGCCAAGUCCAUCGAAUACGCCGACCAAGGCUACACCCGUCUCGCCAAGCCCGUCCUGCCCUACUUCUCGAUGCCCUAUAGCUAUGUCGCGCCCUACCUGGCCCAUGCCGAUAGCCUGGGUGACAAGGGCCUGAGCCAGAUCGAUUCGCGCUUCCCUAUUGUCCGCGAAGAUACUCAGAAGAUCCGCGGCACCAUUUACAACACCGCCGGCUACCCGGUGCGCUUUGCAGGUGACGUCAAGCACCAUGUCUUCGACAUCUACGGCUCGGAAUACAAGAAGUGCGGCGGUGAUGGAAUCUUUGCCUCUGGAAAGGCUGUCAUUACCACCAGCCUGGUGCUCUCGCAGGAGUCACUGGCUUGGGUCAGCACUUGGCUCCAGACGGCGAAGGAAGACGCCAAGGAAGUCGUGAACGAGAAGACCAACAAGCACUGA